AGACUCAGAGAGAAAGAAACUUGUUUGUUCCUGCAUGGCACCACUCUUAGUGAGUAUUGGCGCAACAAGCACAUUCCAAGAGGACUGAGAAUACAGAAGGAGUCUACAAUAGGGAAAAAUGACAAAACUUUAGUUCAGAAAUGGGGUGAAAUGCUCAACAAAUGUUCUUUAGAUUUAAUGCUAUUAAUCAUUGAACAUGUGUCGAAGGAAGUAAAAGAGGUUGUGAAGAUCAGUGAACAUGAGGUUAUAAUGAAGGAGAUUCUAGGCCUAAACUUCACAGCCAUAGACGAUUCAAUCAACCAGUCCAUUGGGAAAUACAGAGACUUCCUACAAGCAACAAAGAUCAAGAAAUAUCAGCGAGACACAGAGGACUACCAGCUCAACCAGGUCUAUGCUCGGGAAGUCGGGAAGGCCCAAGGACGGGAGCACCGAGAGGCUGACGUAGGGAUGCACUACUGACCGGUGGACGCAGAUACGCAGCAGCUGGAGGACAUGGAAAUGCAGAAACAGAGGCAUCCACUGAGAGUGAAUUCCCUACUGACAGCGACUCCAGCUACCAUCACACACAGACUGAUGUUUUAGCCCGAAAGCAGGACAAUAAGGCUCCACGAAAUAAAAUAAAUGAUGUAGGAGAGGCAAGCGGUCAAAGAGGGGGUCAGGAACACAGGCCGUGGACACGGAGCUACAGCAGGACGUGGUAA